GUUUCGUGAGGAGAGAUGGCCAGGACCAAGCAGACCGCCCGCAAAUCUACCGGAGGUAAAGCUCCCCGCAAGCAGCUGGCAACCAAGGCUGCUCGGAAAAGCGCCCCAGCUACCGGCGGCGUGAAGAAGCCUCACCGCUACCGCCCCGGGACUGUUGCUCUCCGAGAGAUCCGCCGCUACCAGAAAUCCACCGAGCUGCUGAUCCGCAAGCUGCCCUUCCAGCGAUUGGUGCGUGAGAUCGCCCAAGACUUCAAGACCGACCUGCGCUUCCAGAGCUCUGCCGUUAUGGCCCUACAAGAGGCCAGUGAGGCUUAUCUGGUGGGGCUGUUCGAGGACACCAACCUGUGCGCCAUCCACGCCAAGAGGGUAACCAUCAUGCCCAAAGACAUCCAGCUAGCCCGCAGAAUCCGAGGGGAGAGGGCAUAGAUACUCGGCACUCCUAUACACGCAGCAACACAAAGGCUCUUUUCAGAGCCACCAAAUCCUUCUAAACCAGCUGAAGCAUAAGUUACACAAUGGUGUUUAAU